UUGUGACAAAUGUCAAAAGUUUUUUGUGUAUGUCACGUAGGUUAGAUAAGCAGGAUUCAAAUUUGAAUUAAAUCGUUUACAACUAGCGUUUAUCUAAUUAUUAGUCUAUGAUUUAAUCUGUAAUAGAGGUUGCACAAUGUCAGGACCAGAAGAGUGGCGAACGCAGUCAUUCAGGCAAAGUGUAAUAGCACGUAUUGACGAAGCCAUCCGGCAAUAUGGUAUGAAUACGUCAAGAAACAGUAUUGAAAUGGAAAAUCAUGUAUACAUGAAGGCCAAAACACGAGAGGAAUAUCUAGGUUUUGUCGCUAGGCUGAUUCUGCAUGUACGAGAGAUGAACAGUAAAAAAACUGGUAUGCAAGCAGGUCAACCUCAAGCAGGAGGUAUGCCUGAUCCAAUAAAUGCUCUACAAAACUUAGCUAGUCAAGGCACCAGGAACAACCAGAUGUUAAAUAUGGGACCUCAACAACAAAUGGGGGUAAAUGUAUUUCAAGCCUUAGGUAGACCUGGUGGAGCUAUGCCUAAUAUGCAGGGAAACAUGCAAAAUCGUAUGGGAGCUAAUGGUGGUCAAAUGGGCAAUCAGAUGAAUACUCAAAUGGGAGGAAUGCCACAAAUGGGUGGGCAAAUGCCGAAUCAAAUGCCUACCGGUAAUAUGAAUCAGCUCGGUGGUCCUAUGCAAGGAGCACUUGGAAAUCAGUUGCAGGGUAACAUGCAGAAUCAAAUGGGUGCACAGCAGCCAGGUCAGUUGCAAGGGCAACUUCAAAUGAACCCUGCAAUGCAAAAUCCAAUGGGUGGUCCAAUGGGUCCUCAAAUGAUGGGCUUUUCCCGUAACCCAACGCCAACACAAUUUUUGCAACAAAGUCCAUCACCUUCAGUUCAGUCACCUGCUGGAUUGAGUGGUCCUCCUCCCUCUACUCAAAUGGUUGCAUCACCUGCUUUAGCUCCUUCUCCAGGUUCAAAUAUAAAUAUGCUGGGAAACAGUGGUCCUCCAAGAUCUAUAGGGAUGGCACCAAGUCCAGGAACUUCUCUGAACACGCCUGGCCAACCAAUUCAAAGUCCUAUGGGGCUUCAAGAAGAACAAGCCUAUAGAGAAAAAGUAAGGCAACUCAGCAAAUACAUAGAUCCUCUGAGGAAGAUGAUAGCUCGCAUGGGAAAUGAUGGAGAACAUGUUGAAAAACUAAGUAAAAUGAAAAAACUCUUAGAAAUUCUAUCGAAUCCACAACAAAGAAUGCCGUUAGAAACACUAAUAAAAUGUGAAGUUGUACUGGAAAAAAUGGACAUAAAAAGAAGUGAUAAUAUACCAGGAACUUCUGGGAUCGUAUUCAAGGAAAGUCAUAUUUUCUCGCCUCUACUAGAAGCAAUUAGUACAAAUGCUCAGAACCCUAAUUUCAACCAUACUCUGCAUAGAACAUUCGGGCCAACGUUAGAUGCACUCUUUGGACCUGAGCUCAAAUUGGUGUCAGGCUUGCCACCACAAAGAGUGGAAGAACCAACAAGUGACAUCCCUGAUGCACUCCAAGGUGAAAUAGCCCGUCUAGACCAAAGAUUCAAAGUGUCUCUUGACCAAAAUCAACAACCCGGUUCGAAAUCCAUUCAGCUCACUUGUUGGUUGGAUGACAAGCAUUUGCCUUGUGUCCCACCUAUAUCCAUAAUGGUGCCUGAAGAUUAUCCUUUUACUUCACCUGUUUGUCAUACAAAUUCCCAGGAAUAUAAUGCCACUGCUUUUUUGUCUGCUGUCGAACAAGCUCUAUUAUGGAGAAUACAAAAACUCCCAAAAAAUUUCUCUGUUAGUCAACUUCUGGAUACUUGGGAGAUGAGUGUUCGACAAGCAGCUAGUGGAAACACUACAAAAGUAGCUGCUGAACUUAUAUUGAUGGGGUUGUAGUAGCCUUUACUGAAUUUCUUUUACCAAUUCUUUUUAUUGUUUCUUUCAAAAGCAGAUGAAGAAUAAUUGAGUGUUAUGAAUUUGAUAUAGUUCCCUUUAGGCACCUACAAACCAAGUUUUAAUUUCUUUUAUGUAGAAGGUUUUCAUUAGAUUUUCCUUUUCAAUACUAUCCUUGUAUAUGCAAAGCAUUGUAAUUAAAUUCUGGUACAAUUCCCACUUAAAGUAACUCACAUUUUAUUAUUGAUCAUUUUUAAGGUUAUCAUUGAAUUAUUUUUUUCAUCUGCGUGUUGAUUGUGAUACUUCUUCAUUUCUGUAUGUUUUUAAGAUUAGUAUGUUAUUUCAGGAUUUUUGAUAGAAAUAUACUUUUUAUAAUAA